AUAAGACAUAUAGGCUUAUCAUAUAUCCAUUCAUUACAAUGCCGAGCGAAAGGGAUCCCCUGUUGGCUCCCCCAACCGCCAAUGAGGAAGGGAAAAACAUAAAAAAACGUUCCUUGGACGACACCAUCGAACGUUGUAUCGGAAAGUUCGGGUGGGCCCAGCUUCUACAAGCCACGCUGGCAUCUCUGGCAUGGAUAUUCGACGCCCAGCAAACCUUCGUCACCAUUUUCACUGACGUGGUGCCUACGUGGCACUGCAACGAUGAUUUAUCUUCUUCCACGUGUACGGAUGUCUGCCAGCUUCCCGCGGAGGCGUGGGGGUGGGACGCGGCGGCGCACACCUCCGUGGUUUCCGAGUGGGGCCUACAGUGUGCCGGGGCGGUUAUCACCGGCCUGCCGUCGACCUCGUACUUUGUCGGGUGCCUGGUCGGCGGAAUCGCGCUGUCCACGUUCGCCGACUCCUCGUUCGGCCGGAAGAGAAUGCUGGCGUUCUCAUGCUGCCUCAUGAAUGUGGCCGCCGUGCUCACGGCGGCGGCGUCCAACGUGUGGGUCUACUCGGCGUUGCGGUUCCUGACGGGGUUCGGGCGGGCCACCAUCGGCACCUGCGCGCUGGUUUUGUCGACCGAGGUUGUCGGGAGGCGGUGGCGGGGACAGGUAGGAAUCAUAGGCUUCAUUUGUUUCACGUUCGGAUUCCUAUCUUUACCCGCCAUAGCGUAUUUCAAUGCCGGGUCUUCCUGGAGAUAUCUCUAUCUCUGGACCGGAAUCCCCGGGAUUAUAUACUCCGUUAUAGUCUACUUCGUGGCCGGAGAAUCUCCGAGGUGGCUUUAUGUCCGAGGAAUGAAACAAGAUUUUGUCCAAACCAUAAAAAACAUCGCCCCCCCGGAGACGCGUAACAGCAUAACCACCAGCUUCUUCGGCUCAUUUAUUCUUGAUAACCACGAUCAAGACCAGGAGGAUCAAAACAUGGGGAUGGAUUUAUACGCGGCUCUAAGGCUACUACUAAACAAAGGAUGGGCGUUGAAACGGUUAUUAACGGUGAUGUUAGUUGGGGUCGGGACUGGGAUGGUGUAUUACGGAAUUCCGUUAGGUGUGGGGGAAAUGCCGUUAAAUCUCUACCUUAGUACGACGUUAAAUGCUUUGUCGGAGCUGCCGGCGUCUUUGACGACGUUCUUGCUGAUAGACAAGCUGAAGCGGCGGAGCUCGGUGUUGGGGCUAGGGCUGCUGAGCGGCGCGUGUUGCGUUGGGUGCGUGGUGUUCGUGAGCGAGGAGUUGAGGUGGGUCCAGAUCGGGCUGGAAAUCGUGGCGUUCUUCAACGCCUGCACGGCGUUUAACGUUCUCAUGAUAUACACGCUGGAGCUCUUCCCGACCUGCGUCAGGAACUCCGCGGUGUCGAUCGUGAGGCAAGCCAUGGUGCUCGGCGGCGCCAUCAGCCCGUUGCUGGUGGCGCUGGGGAGAGCCAACAGGUUUUACUCCUACGGGGUUUUCGGACUCACAAUCGGCGUUUGUUGCUUGUUUGUGAUUUGGUUGCCGGAGACAAUGGGCGGAGAAAUCUGCGACACAAUUGACGAAGAGGAGAGCAAGGAGAACAACGGAAUAAGCAAAGUUUGAAAUAAUACGGCCGCCGCCGGCGGCGGCGUUUAUCACUCUUGCUUUGCAUGCACAUAGUGAGUAAUUAAAUUUAAUUUACCGUGAUGGAUGGGCCCAUGGCACUGUUGUACUUAUCUUCCUUAUUGUUUGGAUGGUCCUAUCUACUAUUAUUCAUUCAAUCAUUCCCCAGAUCUUAAAUAUC